AUGGCGUCGCUGGGCCUGAGCGAGCGGGAGCAAGCCGGGUGCCGCGAGCUCCUGGAGUUUCUGGAGACCGAGGAGCUGAUGGCGCUGACGGACACCGUCACCAACCGCCUGGUGCACCCGGAGAGCCGCCAAGAAGCGAUUCAUGCCAUUUUGGUUUACAGCCAAAAUGUAGAAGAACUUUUGAAACGCAGAAAAGUCUAUCGAGAAAUAAUUUUUAAGUAUUUGGCAGCACAAGGAAUUCCAGUGCCUCCUUCCUCUGAGAAACAUCUACUCAUUGAUCGUAUAAAGCAGUACUGGAGUGCGGAGCUCACAGCAUGUGCCUCAGAGCCAGGGGAGAGAAAACCACAUGCAGAGAGUCAUGGAGAGAGACGAAAGUCACCACAAGAUGACAUUCAUGAUCUAGGAGAAGAAUUCUGUCAAUGGUUUUUCGAACUCCUCAAUUCUCAACAUCCCUUGGGAGUAAAAUCUGAAGGAAGUUGGGGACCACAGCAUUUUUGGGAGGAUGUCAGAAUGAAGUUCUGUUACAACACAUUAGAAAAAAACAUGGAAGAAUAUGUUGGUGCAGAAAUGGUGAGCCUUCGUCUGCUCUCCUUGGUUAAAGAAGAAUAUCUUCUAUUCAACCCUAAUUUGCAUGCCAAUGGACUGAAAUGUGCCAUGUCUGGACAUGGGUUAGUACUGGUAGCAGUGGCUGGCACGGUACAUAGAGACAACAUUUGUUUGGGCAUCUUUGAACAAAUUUUUGGACUCAUUAGCUGUCCCGUUAGGGAGAAUACCUGGAAAAUAAAAGUCGUGAAUCUUAAAAUAGUUGGACAGAAUGCUCUGGAGCCUGGGAUGCAAACUGAAAAACCCUCCAUAAAAUACGAGUCAAACCAACUGCAAGAGUUGUAUGACGGGAAAGAACUGACUGUGUUUGAACCUCAGAAAUUCUGAGCAAUUCUUUCACAUGUGGGUGAGCGGGGAACAUAUGGCAC